AUGAAGCGUAGCCAAAAUAUUUUAAAUUUGGCAUUAUCAUUAAGUGGAAUUUCAACAGAUCAAGAAGAAACUUCGACUUCGUCCAAGGCAGAUGAUCAUGCUACCCAGAAAAUUACUCUACCACAAGAUAAUAGGUAUUUUCUCGAACAUGGUGAAGACUUACUUUCAUUCAAAAAUAAUAUACGGGAAAAUGCGCUGGUAAAUUACUAUCCAGAUUCCUACUCCUCAUCUAGUAAAAAAGAACCAUUUUCUCCUGACGUUUCGGAAUAUUUCCCUUACGACCAAGAUGAUUCUACAAAUAGUUCUCAACAUUCUUCACAACAUAAUAUUCCUUUACAAGAGAUACCAACAGCUACAAACAUACCUGAAAAUAUUACCACUCCUGAAGGGACAGCAAGAAAAGUGAAAAGGACUGUUCCGAAGAAAGCUACUCCGGGUAGAAAACGAAAUCAUAAUCGAGAAAACUGGAAACGCAACGUAAGUAAGCGAAAGAAAAAUUCGGGCGAGGAAUAUUUAAACAGAAGAGGAAUCUUAGUUCCAAAGAAAGCUAUGAAGAGUGGCUGUAAUAAUACGUGUACUAAAAAGUGCAAAGAAAGAUUAAUGGAAACGACAAGACAUGCCAUAUUUAAAGAUUUUUGGGGUUUGGGCGACCACUCAAGACAAGCUGAUUUUGUUUCUAGAUUUGUAGAUAGAGUUCCACGAAAACAAAUAACAGCAUCAGUUAUUGGACAGUCACGGCGCCACUGGUCUUUUCAAUAUUAUUUAUAUGAAAACGGCGACAGAAAAAGGGUCUGCAAAAAAAUGUUUCUUGAUACUCUGUGUAUAAGUGAUAUGUGGCUACAAACUAUUUACAAGAAAAUGGACAAAGAAGGCACUGGGCUAAUAGCAGGAGAUUUGAGGGGGCGACAUAAUAAUCGGAAAAAUGUGAUACCAAAUGAAGUCAAAGAAUCUGUUAGAAAUCACAUUUCAUUAAUACCUAUAGUGGAUUCACAUUAUGUAAGAAAAAGGACAUCCAAACUGUACUUUGAAGAAACUUUAACAUACCCUGCAUUGUACAGGCUUUACGUUGAUUGGAUGAAAGAAAAUCGUCCGUUAGAACAAGUGGCAAAUUCUAGGCAAUAUAAGGACAUUUUUUAUAACGAAUAUAAUAUUGAAUUCUAUAAGCCCAAGAAAGAUCUUUGUAUUCUUUGCGACAGAUAUAAGAGAGGAUCUGAAAAAGAAAAAGAUGACAUGAAGCUAGAGUACACCUUGCAUAUUGCGAACAAAACAGUGGUAAGAGAGGUGAAAGAGACUUAUAAGUUUCAGUCAAAACAAUCUGACAUUAUAGUAACAGCUGCUUACGACUUACAGAAAGUAUUGACUACACCUCAAUCAGAAGUUGCGCUGUUUUACUACAAAAGGAAGUUUGCUGUAUACAAUUUUACUAUAUAUGAUAUAGGAAAGGCCAAAGGAUAUUCCCUCCUAAAGAAAAAACUAAACUGGGACUGGAAUAGUACUGGAAAAAAGAUGUCUUGGACUAAAAUACAACAUAUUAAAAUAGAAAACGAAAACCCUGACAUAAUAUACUUUCAAUAUGAAUAUCUCAGUGAUCAGUACUUAUCUAUCAACCUUGCUGUGAAACCUACUACACGCAUUACACGAACAAAAAGAGCACAAGAGUCAAUUCAGUGUGAACAAUCAAACGACGAAGAAAGUAUUCCUUUAUUGUAUAACAAAGUGCUCCCAAUAUCAACAGCAAAGUAUAAGGACCUUGUAAGUUUGUGUAAAUGUAAGGCGAUACCAGAUAUUUAUCACAAUUUCUAUUUUAAUCUUCCACAUUCCACUCAAGUAGCUGAAGACAACGGUAGUGAUGAUGAAAAUUAA